CUAUGUACUACCUACUAGUAGGUGUCUUACAUAAUAGAGCACGGACCAUACCACAGAAUUCAAAUCAAAGAGUCAAAAUGUAUCAAAUAUGACCCGGGUUUCUCUGUUAUUGUCACCGCUUAUUUUUCUUCCCCUCUGUUCAAGACACAAGUCAAGAAAAUAUUUCCAACAUCUCACAAGUGUUGUGGGUAUGAAAAGUGCAUCGGCAUGUAUUGAUGUCAGAUAUUUAUCUCAUGCAACGUACUAUACUAUGCGUAACGAGGAAAAACAAACCCAAAUGCACUCAACAAAGAAAAGCAGACUGCUCUCUCUCCGAACGUUCUCGCGUCCGAAAAAGAAAACACUACCCUUCAUUGGUUGCCCAAUCUAUAAUGACAAGAACGAUGCGCCGAGCUGUCCUCCUCUAACAACACUACCUAGUACUGUCUUCGUCGAUAGAGUCAAGCUCAACACCCUCUACCAGAGUUCCAGGUAGGAUAUGCUUGUUACAAUAAUGCGCCGCUGUCGAAAAGAAACGAAAAGGUAUGCCUGCGAAGACAAUGAGGCGAAGUGAGAAUAAAAGUCUAGUGUCGAUACAAGGGAAAGAAGGCAAUCAUCUCGUCGUUUCAGGAAUUAAUAUGGUUUCUCCCUUGCGGCAAUAUGCCAUGUCGCCCCGGCCGUCCCAACUCCGGCGAAGAGAAGAAAACACUGAGAAUACCGCGAUGAGCAAACUAACAAGCCUAGCAAAGG